AUGGAGAACGGUCCAUCCUCUGAAGGGAAGGACCCCUCGGCCUUUCUGAGUGAGAUCAUCGGUGCACCUGUGAUUGUGAAAUUGAACUCUGGGGUCGUUUACAAGGGUGAGCUACAGUCGGUUGAUGGCUACAUGAACAUUGCCCUUGAAAAGACUGAGGAAUAUGUCAAUGGAAAGUUACGACGCAAUUAUGGAGAUGCCUUUGUGCGCGGAAACAAUGUACUCUACAUCUCCGCAAAUUAA